AUGGUAGGGAUUGAUUCUGAAGUGAUCAGUGAACUCCUCAAGGCGAUCCGGGACGCUGUCUCUACAACACAUCAGAAGGAUGAUGACAUCGCUCUGACACUAUUUGACCCAGAUAAAAACGACUGUGGAGCUAAGAACUGGUGCUGCAGUAUCGAGACACUUGCAUCGGAAUUGAAGUGGAGCAGUAUAAAGACUGCAGCUAAAGCUGGUAAGGCCCUGAAGGGUUCUGCCUUGACGUGGUUCGAAUCAUGGGAACCUUCGGAAGGCAGAUCCUGGGAAAAAUUUCGUGCUGAUAUCAUCGAUGCCUUUCCUGAAAGGAACAACUUGUCCGAAAAACUCAGUAAGGCAGUAUUAUAUAAUUCAGACUCCGCGGACUCUUACGGAGAAUAUGCGAAAGAAAAACUGAGGUUAUUUCGGAACACUAAAAUCGCCUUCACCGAUGAACAAUUGAUCGAAUUAAUUUUUGGGGGUAUUAGUGAUGUUGAUGUAAGGAUGGCCUCUCUAAAUAGUGGCGUAACUACAACUGCUGCUCUUAUCUCUCUUCUUUCAAUAUACGUAAAAACCAAAAAGAGAUCCUUAGAAAACACUGAUUCGGUGUUGCUUUUGAUGAAAAAUUGA